AGAAAUUGAAAUAACCGCCACGGUCGUGCGCGGAAGAGGAAGAAGGAGAAGAUCGGCGCAGGGUGUCACGCCCGCCUCUCGAAGACUACUUUGGGAUGGCGUCGCUGGAACCGAUCGUGCCGAUCGAGCCGAGGGAGAAAUGGGACAACAAGGUGGAGUUUGUUCUUUCCUGCAUCGGCCUCUCGGUUGGGCUGGGAAACGUUUGGAGGUUCCCCUACAUCGCUUUCAACAACGGCGGCGGGGCGUUUCUGGUUCCCUACGUCGUGCUUAUGAUUGUCGUCGGAAGACCCAUGUACUUCCUGGAACUCGUCCUGGGACAGUUCUGCAGCUUCGGUUCCAUAAGAGCCUUCGGAGGCGUUCUCUUGGGAAGAGGUGUGGGCUGGUCUAUGGUGUACGUAUGCGUCAUGGUCGGACUCUAUUACAACGUCCUCUUGGCUUACGCCCUCGUCUACAUCUAUUAUUCUCUCUGGAAGGACUUGCCCUGGGCGACCUGCGAUCCCAAUUGGGCAGACGACAACUGCUAUGUUCGGAGUGAGGGCGUCGUCCCCUGUCGCCUGGUCAAUGCGACCCUCUUCUCGCUCUACAAACCAGACAACGGUACUGGAAACGACACUGUGCCCGUUGGGAAAGCCGACACGCAGGAGAUUGUGCUCGCACCGCUGGCCGCCUAUCAGCAUCUGCUGGGGAACUGCACGAACGCCACACAAUCCGCUCCGGAACAGUUUUUCUACAAACGUGUGUUAGCGUUAAGUGAAGGUCUGGAGAACUUAGGAAGUCUCCGGAUGGAGAUAGCCUGCGCUUUGGUCAUUGCUUGGAUCCUGGUCUUCUUCUGCAUCUUCAAGGGUAUCAGAUCCUCCGGAAAGGUUGUGUACGUCACCGCUGUGGCGCCGUUUUUCAUAAUCGGAGUGCUCUUAAUCAAAGGACUGAGCUUAGAAGGGGCAGGUGAAGGCCUGUACUACUACUUCGUGCCUGACUGGUCGAAAGUCCUUCAAUUCAAGGUCUGGCAGAAGGCAGCCGAGCAAAUAUUCUUCUCCCUCAGUGUUUCCGAAGGGAUCAUCAUUUGCUUCGGCAGCUACAACGAUUUCCGGAACGACCUCUACAGAGAUGUAUAUAUCAUUGCGUUCGCUGACAUGAUAGUGAGCAUCGUCGGUGGGGUCGUGGUAUUCAGCGUUUUAGGGAACAUGGCACAGAACCUAGGCGUGGCCGUGCCCGACGUCGUGUCUGAAGGCUUCGGCUUGGCAUUCAUCGCGUAUCCUCAAGCAAUCUCGUUGCUCACCUAUCCUAACCUCUGGUCGGCCAUGUUUUUCAUCAUGUUGUUCUUCCUGGCCAUUGACUCUCAGUUCGCGCUCGUAGAGAGCGCUCUUAUUCCAUUCAAAGACGAAAGCAAGACUCUAAUCCAACAUGAAGGACUUCUGGCUGCGGUGGCGUGCACGGUAUUGUGCCUCGUUGGUAUGCCGAUGGCAUGUCAGGGUGGCCUGUACAUAACGGAGAUCUUGGACAGCUUCGUCGGUGGAUUAUUACUGCCGUGGAAUGCGCUCUUCGAGGUCAUUUUCAUUGUUCACGUGUACGGAAUGCAUCGUCUCAGCCUGGACAUCGAGUUCAUGUUGGGAGAACCGCCCCAUAUGCUACUCUCUAUCUGUUGGAAAUACAUCUGCCCUGCUGUCCUUGUGGUCAUCUGCACCAGCACCCUGUUGACGUUCAAAGGCGUGACUCUGCAUGAUUACGUUUACCCAACCUGGGCGAAUAUUCUGGGGAUUUUCUUGGGUUCCGUCGGUGUUCAGCUCAUCAUCUUCAUGGCGAUCAAGCACUGGUACUAUUCUGGCUAUGACUGCAAGAAAGCAGCGGAAGUUUCACCCAAGUGGGGCCCAGCCCUACCACAAGACCACAAUGAGUACAUCGAGUUCAUGAAGCUGCGCUGCCCUUCACUAGCGCUGUCAGCACCAGAAGUAGUGCCACCCGCAAAACCAGCGGACGGGAAGGAAAAUCCAGCAUUCGACGCAGGGGAAGGACAUCCACCUGAUCAGAAACCGGCACCCGAACCGGCACCCCCGGCGCCUCCGGCGAAAUAACGGUUCCUGGGUAAUGGACCUUGGCUGCACUGUGGGUACUACAACGUACCGCAAGAGACUGUUCACUUCAGACUAACGCUCGGCGGUUUUGUAAAUGUCGUUGUCAACGUUGUUCGUUCGAAGACGAAGUAAAAAUGAAGAAGUAUGA